CAGAAUAGAAGAGUGAGACAACGGACAACGUUUAUCAUUCUGUGACCCACAGACAGCGACAGCAACGACCUUCCAACCUGGAUAUAAUUCAGAAGAAUCCCUUAUGUUGUGUUGUCGACUCUUGUCGUUUUUAUGCUCAGGCAUGAGUUCAACAGGUGGCGUGUCCACUUUUAGAAACACUACACGCUGCUGCUGACGGGAAUCGUGCGCUUUUCCAAUGGUCUGUGAAGAAAGCUCACGCGCAUGAUAGGAUUCAGAAACGUAACAUAUUUGUUGGUGAUGACAGACACCAGUUUUCCUUGGAUAAAUUUAGGCUAAAUAUAGAUCACAAUGGCUGUGUUCAAGCAGCAGCAAGUCGAGAAUUACUAUGAGAUUGGAGAGGAACUUGGCAGUGGGCAGUUUGCAAUUGUUAAGCAGUGUCGUGAAAAGAGUUCAGGCCGGGAUUUUGCAGCCAAGUUCAUAAAGAAGAGUCAGAGUAUUGCUAGCCGGCGAGGUGUGCUCCGAGAAGAGAUUGAGCGAGAGGUCAACAUCCUACAGCAGAUACACCAUCCCAAUAUCGUCAUGUUACAUGAUGUGUUUGAGAACAAGACAGAUGUGGUGUUGAUUUUGGAGCUGGUGUCAGGAGGAGAGCUUUUCGACUUUUUGGCAGAGAAAGAGUCUCUAAGUGAGGAGGAAGCCACACAGUUUAUUAAACAGAUUUUAGAGGGCGUGCACUAUUUGCACACAAGGAAUAUUGCUCAUUUUGACCUGAAGCCUGAAAACAUCAUGCUUCUGGAUAAGAACACCCCUCUGCCCCGAAUCAAACUCAUUGAUUUUGGCUUGGCCCACAAGAUUGCUGAAGGGGUUGAGUUUAAAAACAUCUUUGGAACACCAGAGUUUGUUGCUCCAGAGAUUGUGAAUUAUGAGCCACUGGGACUGGAAGCAGAUAUGUGGAGUGUUGGUGUUAUAACAUAUAUUCUGUUGAGUGGGGCAUCUCCUUUCCUAGGAGAAACGAAGCAAGACACUCUGGGAAACAUCUCAGCCAUGAACUAUGAGUUUGAUGAUGAAUUCUUUGGCCACACCAGUGAGCUUGCCAAGAAUUUUAUACGACAGCUGCUGGAAAAGGACACCAAAAAGAGACUCACAAUUCAAGAUGCCUUGAACCACCCCUGGAUUAAGUCUAACGAGCAUAAAGAGGAACGCAGCAAAGCACCAGAGAGGAAGAGAGAGCGUAGGCAGCUGAAGACGAAGCGUCUCAAAGAGUACACCAUCAAGUCCCACUCCAGUAUGCCUCCUAACAACACCUACAUCAACUUUGAACGCUUCGCACAGGUGGAGGAGGACGUGUCGGCCAUGGAAGGCACUUUCUGCCAGCUGGCGUCAGCCCACGACUCCCUGCAGGAAGACAUUGAUGCACUAGUGUCCAUCUACAAUGAGAAGGAGAUGUCAUACAAAGAAGAAAGCGAAAGCAUCAGACAUGAGUUGUCCCAGCUCCGUUAUGAGUUUCGUAAAGUCGAGGCCCAGAGGAGGGGUGUUCACGAAGACAUGAGGAGUGUGGAUGCCAGCGUUAGCCGAGUGAGCGAGCGAUAUAAGGAGAGGCAGACUCGUUAUGAGGCCUUGCAAAAGGAGCUGUGUGCCGAGCUGCAGUGGGUACAGGAAGUGGUGGGUUCUUUCCAGGUCACCUUCCCAAACUGUAGCUUUAGCAGCGUGUUUAAUACAGAUGUCAAUGAAGCACUGAAAGAGUUGCUGAAUAGAUCCUGUGGAGGAGACCUGCUGACAGGCAGCAAUCUGGACCAGCAGAGAUGACACAUUAAUAACCCCCCUCCCACUGAUCACAUAUCGUUAUAUAAACACAGGCCAGAUAAAUGUGCUGAAGAGACUACGCUGGGGAAUAUAGACCUGAAUAAAAGCAGGUAUGGUCAGUCAGAGAGAACUAUAUACAUGAAAAAUAUGUAACACAAUUGUUUAUGAGUUUAUUAUUUAUGAUUAAAAGGUUAAAUUAGUUAAUGUUUUUUUAUAUAU